AUGCGGACGAGAGGAAGAGAGCUGAAGGAAGACGAGGGUGUGGAGAAGGAGAAGAAGAGAGAGAAGAAAGACGAAGAAAACGAAAUGAAGAAAGUUGCAAUGACAAGAAGAAAGAUAGUGGAAAACAAGAAGAGCUCGGUUGACGCCAAAAUGGACGGGGGCUCGGCGCAGCCGAAAACAACGAACAAGGCAAGAAAUGUAGGGACUAAGAAAGCUGUAUCGCACAAAGACGAGGACGAAGGGGAUAAGGCCAAAGGAAAAGAACAAGAAGUCCAUUGCAAGGACAUGUCUGCGAUGAAGGGCGACGGAGCUUUCACAACAGCAGAGGAUUGGACCAAGGUACGGAUGACAGCCCUCCUAGAUGCUGUCAGAGCAGAAUCCUUCGGUGCGGCUCUUCUCGGCUCAGCUCCUGCGGGCCAAGACUCUAGCUACGUGUCGCUGCUGUGUGAUCGCCUGUCAAACAAGUUCUACACAUGCAAGCGGGUACAAGAGAAACUCGACGAGUGGCAGGCGACGUAUGGCUCCAACGAGGCCGCGUUCGAAAGAUGCGAGCGGGAGGUUAUGAAGAGCAAGGCCGCGUGCCGGCAUGACAGCAUGUGGAAGACGAUCAUUCCCGAGGAGGGGGAGGUGACGCAGAGCAAGGCAAAGCGCAUGCAUGUGGAGAUCGAGGAAGUGCCUGCUGGAGUCAGUGCUGGAGUCAGUGCUGGAGUCAGUGCUGGAGUCAGUGCGUUCACGUCCAGUGCAGGAGAGGGGAAGAAGGAGAAAUCUGAGAGGAGAGACAAGGAGAAAGCUGGAGCCAGGGACCAGCAGGAGGAGGAACCUUCAGCUCCUGCAGGAGGAAAGGAGCAAGGGGAAGAGCAUAAGGAGCAGGAAAAGCAGCAGGAGCAGCAGGAGCAGGAGAGAAAGUCCAAGCGGAGGAAAGAGGCAGCCUCCUCGUCCUCUUCCUCUUCCGCAUCUAAAGCAGCAGAAGCUGCUGCGUCAUCGAGGAAAGAUCCAAUGCACACGGAAAGUGCUUGGGAGACUCCAGAGACGGUGGCGGCGGGGGAGAGUGGAGGAAGAAGGGGAGGGAACCGCGUGUCGCGCACCUCUCUUUUCGAUGGCGAUCAGGAUCAAGGCCGAGUCGCCCAGCGCAAGCCGGUACAGAGAAAGCUUGCGCUCUCCUCCUCCCUCGUCCGCCCUCAGCCCUUCUCCUCCUCCUCCCCCGCCUCCUCGUCCGAGGACAAAACGUCGACCUUCUUCGCAACGGCAAAAGCGAUGGUGCGAACAGCUGGAGGGAGCGGCGAGUACAGUAAACGUGACGAGUCCGGUGCUAACCUACGGACCUGCAUGUCCUCACUGCUGGGUAAGCUAUCAGGCAGCUCGAAGCCAGCUGGAGUCUAUCAGGAGGCGCUGGACAGUGUUGUCUGCCAGCUGAGACGACAGAUGUCCUCCUCUCCCUUGUCGUUCUCCUCCUCUUCUUCCUCUUCCUGCUCCACUUCCUCUUCCUCCAAGAAACUCUGCGGGUUGACGGAGCAGGCAGCUGAGGUCAGAAACAUUCUCGAAGGCUGCAUCCUCCGCAAAGCAAACGGAUCUGCUCUUCUGCUGGGACCGAGUGGGUCGGGCAAGACUUCGGUAGUGGAGGAGGUGCUGAAGCAGCUGCAGCGGGAGCAUCCGUUCCCAGGUUUCCUCCUGGUCCGUCUCAACGGGCUGGUGCAGCGAACAGACGUGGAGGCGAUGAGGGAGACGGCUAGGCAGCUCUACCUGCUAGACGAGCUCAAUGCCGAGCACGAGUUCGAGUUCGAGCUCAAGCAGAUUCAGAACGCGGAGCACUCGAUGAACUUCCUCUUUGAGCUGGUGAAGAGCUGCCGGCAACUAUCUCAGCCGAUCUUCUUCAUCCUCGAUGAGUUCCACAUGUUUGCGGCCCAUCCCCGCCAGAGUCUCCUCUACAACCUGCUGGACCUGACGCAGUCGCCGAAGGCUCAAGUGCUCGGGCGGCUUCCCGUCGAACACGUACAGAGGCUUAAUCCCGCACUCCAGCAUCUUGGUUGUCUUGGGGUUGUCAAAUUGUCUGGAGUGCAUGGACCUCCUGGAGAAGAGAGCCGGCAGAUCUUCUUCAUGCAGCCACCUGACCCUCACAUGACCCUCGAGGAGCAGCAGGAGCAGCAGGAGCAGCAGGAGCAGCAGGAGCAGCAGGAGCAGCAGGAGCAGCAGGAGCAGCAGGAGCAGCAGGAGCAGGAGCAGCAGGAGCAGGAGCAGCAGCAGCAGGAGCAGCAGGAGCAGCAGGGGCAGCAGGAGCAGCAGGAGCAGCAGGAGCAGGAGCAGCAGGAGCAGCAGCAGCAGCAGCAGCAGCAGCAGCAGCAGGAGCAGCAGGAGCAGCAGGAGCAGCAGGGCCGUCAGAAGGACGCUCUCUUUCAUCAAUCCUUCAAGACCAUGUUUCUGUCCACCACCAGCAAGUUUGCCUUGUUCAACUGGGCGAUUUCAGCUCUUUCAGCGCUGACUGUCGACGACUGCCUCCCUCGUCCUGCACACUUUGAAGUAGCAGCAGGAGCCUGCUCCUUCGACUCAUGGGCGGAACUUCUCGCCGGGCUCUCUCUCGUCGAUCUUGCCGUCCUCGCCGCCAUCCGCAGACUCUCUUCCAUCGGCUCGCGACUCUCUACCUACGUCUGCCGACCUCCCCCAGCUGCCCUCCAGCUGACUUUCACUCAGUCGGUCUACUCGCAUCUCUCCGAGUUCGUCAGCGCCAACCGGCACGCGGCCUCGUCUGCUGGGCUCAUCAUGGAGGAGGGAAGGAGCCUAGCCCAGCUCGAGGCCCCCACCAUCGAGUCACUUUACACGUCGUGCCUGCAUGCGGUUGACAACCUGCUGGCUCUCGAGCUUGUCAUGUGGAGUGACAAGACGAACCAUCCUGGUGGGGUACCUCGUGAGCACAGGGAGUUUCAGCUGGCGCUGUCAGCUCGUCGGGUGACGGAGAUACUCAACAAGUUCGACAUGCCGUCGCACUUCAAGCGAUGGGCGACAGAGAUGGUAUGA